AGCCCCCUGGCUACGCCCUUGCCUGAUUUUAACUUAAAAUUCCGUAUGUCCGGCCAUUUUCGGAUCAAUAUACCAAACUUAAUUCUCUCUCUCAACUACUUUUUGCUGAUAAUUCUCUAUUUUUUAAAGAUUUUUGCCAAGUAUGUAAUAACCUGUGCUGGUCUCUACUCUGAUCGAAUUGCCCAACUUUCUGGAGGUUCAGAGCUUCCAAAAAUAAUUCCAUUUCGUGGAGAAUAUCUUAAAUUAAAGCCUGAAAAGCGUUAUUUAGUUAAACAAGCAAAUAUUUAUCCGGUUCCCGACCCCCGAUUUCCUUUUUUGGGAGUUCAUUUUACUCCAACAAUUUACGGUGAUGUUAUACUUGGUCCAAAUGCAGUCAUGGCUUUAAGUCGUGAAGGAUAUAAUAAAUUAGACUUUUCGGCUAAAGAUUUUAUAGAUUCUAUGAAAUAUAGGUAA